GAAGCGUAUUUAUCCCGAGGUGUGACUGUAUUCCCACUUGGUGAGCGGGGCUUGCGGGUGGCAACUUCUGCAAUUCCUUGAUGGAUGCAGAAAUUGAACUCAGAUCUAAACCAAGCAUUUUAUCUCCUAAUCUACGUUCGAAGAAGUGAGAUGCACAAAGAUGAAUUCCUUGUGCAUCUUGAUAAAAAUUUUAACUGAGAUUUUACUUGGCACCGAGCUAGGAAAGUUGAAGACUGCUACCUACCUCAUGGGAAACAGAAAAGCAGAGCCUGCAACUGGCUAUGGCCACGUUAACCCUUAACAGAGAACGCUUUCCGUUACAAGGAGCGUGUAAUCCUCUCCUCAGCUACCCCCAGCUAUUAGUCAGAGUGGCAUAAAACAAAUUAACAAUGAGCCAACACAACAAGCAAUGCCCCCUAAGGCUCUAGGAGACCUACAUUGAACUCCAAUGAGAUGACAAUAAACGUUUUCGACAAUUACCCAGGAAUAGAGCUAUCCACUCGUGUUUCACAGCAGCUCACUUCAUGCCAAAAUAAGAAGUACACCACCAUCCACAAUUAAUUUCCUGUGGCAUGGUUAGAAGAUAAAAAAGUUUGCCAAUUACAUCCUGUGUGUAAACAAUGACCCCCAAUGUUAAAACUACCCAAACUGGGGGGAAAUGCCUCCAAAACAGCUAACAACCAGAAUCCGUGGGGCUGGCACUCCCCACCCCCUUGCCUCUUUAAACAAUGGCUGGAGCUCAACAAAUGUCUCUUAAUUAACUUUGUGAUUGCUUUGCCACAAAACACUAUGGAGAGGGAAACAAGCGGUGUUUAGAAAAUAAUGACUAAUCCCUGGGUAGGGGCAAGGGGUGGGCCUGAGGGAGUCUCAAACAAUGAUUCAAUCAGAACUCCAAGAUAUUGGUAGAGGGAACCAUUCAAGCUGAUUUGACUGCCCUCAUUUCAACACCUGCUAGCCUAAGCCAAAACCUCUGAAAAAAGGCAAACAAUCGGGCUUAAUGAGAAUGCACGAAUACAGGGGUGGCCUCUCUGCUAUAAUAAACCACAACCCGACCAGGAAACCCCUCAGUCUAGAUUCCCCUUUGGGAAGGCAGAAUUUUAAUCGGUCACAUUUUGCUGGGGAGGGGCAAUGUUCGGAGAGAUGAGGAAAACAGCACAUCAGCACCAUCCCACGAUGCCGGGCACACAACAGCCGCUUCUUGUCCUUUUGGGUUAUCUGCUAAUCUGGGACUUCCCGGGGGGGUUUGGAAACUACAGAAGAGGCUCUUCCAGAUGCACAUUGAUUCCAAGAAGCAUGGCUUUGUGUUAUGACAUUGGGUACACCGAGAUGAGACUCCCCAACCUGCUGGACCAUGAGACUAUGGCUGAAGCAAUCCAGCAAUCCACCAGCUGGUUGCCCUUGUUAGCCAGAGAGUGCCAUCCGGAUGCCAGGAUCUUCCUCUGCUCCCUCUUUGCCCCAAUCUGCCUGGACAGGCUCAUCUACCCUUGCCAAAGUUUGUGCAAAGCUGUCAGGAAUAGCUGUGCUCCAGUCAUGGCUUGCUACGGCUACCCUUGGCCUGAAAUCCUGAACUGUAACAAAUUCCCUGAAGAUCAUGAACUGUGCAUCUCCUCAAUCACUGAUGAAAGUGCUCCCAGCAGGAGAACAGUGCCCCAGGCCAGCUGCAGGGACUGUGAACUUGAAGAACCCAACUCUCCCAAGGAGAUCCUGGAAAACCUUUGCACCAAUGAUUUUGCUGUGAAAAUAAGAAUUUCCAGGAAGAACAAGACCUCCACCAUUGCUGACUUUGACCUUGACUCCAGGCUGGAAGUUCUGAAGCAUGGCCCUCUUCUGAAGACUGAAACCCACUCCAAACUCCAGCAGUGGCUGAACUUAGAUGCUACCUGUGUACACAACAUUAUGAGAGGCACAAACACAGGCGUCUAUCUGAUCUGUGGUGAGGUGCAGAAUGACAAAGUUGUGGUGGUGAACAAGGCCUAUGCAUGGCACAAGAGGAACCGAAAUCUACAGACUGCUGUGCGGCGAUGGAAACAUUACAAGUGCCGGGCCUGAACUGCUUAUAGCUCUGGUAUGAAAUGAUAGAAAGAUGCUCUCUUGUUUGUAUCUGAAAGGUCUUCUUCAGCAUACCUGGAGCAGAGUUUAAAAAGUAAUAGAUAUAGUCUACUUAGUAAAAAUCAUACACCACUGCACCAAGAAAGUAGUUUUCAAACUGCUCUGAGGAGCCCUGGAGUUUUCUACAAGCCUAAUUGGGGUUUCUCAACGAGAAAGUCAGUAAUGGUUCACAAGCUUCUUUGAAAGAUAGUUUGUCCACCCUUGCAGAUAUUCUGCAGUGCUGGAUUCUUUGCUGCAUGGGAAGCACAGCAACCAGGAAACAAAUCACAAGUAUUUAUAGUAAUAGGCUGGUUUGUUCACUUCAUCUCCUGCAAACCCACUUUCCUGGCCACUUCUUUCAUCCAUAUGAUGCAGGAAUGGCUCACCUGGUGGAACCAGAGCUUCAACAAUAACCUUGCGGCAGCAGUGUUGCAAUGGCUUCCUGUGAGAGCUGCAGUGGCAGCUAGGCUGGGGCUGGAUGGGUACACUGAUAUGGGUGCACAAUUGGCUUUAGCAGUCUGCCUGCACAGCCCUGACCUUGCUGCUACCGCACCUCCUCCCACUACUGGUAAGUGGCAAUGACUAGGCUGAGCUGCCGCAGGCUAAGCUACUGUGGCAGCUCCACCUGACCUGUCAAGCCGCUCCUGAUUCCCCUUCAUCUUCUACCUGUCAGGCUUUUGCCAUCACCCAUCCUUCCCUCACUCCAGGACAUUUUAUUUUGCAGUUUUACACAAAAUAUGUAAAAAAACAAAACCCACACACUGCCUGAGGGACACCCUUGCGAUCUGCAAGCUAUGAAUACUAUGUAUUUAGAAACUAAU